AUGCGUUAUUCUUCUCAUUGUGGUUUAUUCCUUUUUAUUUCCAUAUUAUUUCAUUACUUCUUUUUUUUUCCAUUCUACUUCAUUCUUUUUCUUUCUUUACUUCCUAUUUUUCCUUUUCGUUGUUUUAUUCUUCCUACUGUAUUUCAUUCUUUUAUUUUUCUUUACAUUUUUCUUCUUCCUUAUUUCUUUCUUUCUAUUGACUUUCAUUCUUUUGUACAUUUUUCUUCUUCAUUGUUUCUUUCUUUCUAUUGUCUUUCAUUCUUUUGUUUUCUUUGCAUUUUCUUCUUCAUCGUUUCUUUCUUUCUAUUGUCUUUUAUUCUUUUGUUUUUUCUUUACACAUUUUCUUUUCAAUCCCACCAUUCUUUUAUUGUCUACCAUUUUUUGUUUUUCUUUCUUUUAAUUGCUUUUUUAUAUUGUUUUUCAUUCUUUUACUUUUCUUUAUUUUCUGACAAAAGAAGCGAUUUUUGUCAUAUUAUCUGUUAUUCUUUUCCUUUCCAUUUUCUUCAUUUUUUGUUUUUCUUUCUUCUUUCGUCCCUUUCUUUUAUUUUCUUUCCACUCUUUCUUUUCAUUGCUCACAUUUUUUAUUGUCUUCCGUUUUUCUUUACGUUUCUUCUUUUUGAAAUUUCUUUUUUUUUAUUCGACUUACGUUUCUUUCUCUCGUUUCCUUCUUUGUUUAUUUUAUUCUUUGUUCUGUCUUAUUGUUUUCCUUCUGCCAAUUGUUCUUUUCUUUUUUCGUCCUUCAUUCUUGUCUUCUCUCCUUUCUUUUAUUUUUUUUCUUCAUAUAUUUAUUAG